AUGGGAAAUAACAAUUACUGUGAUGUUAUUGGUAUUGGAACUAUAAAGAUCAUGAUACUUGGGCAAAAAAACCUCUACUUGAUUGACGUAUUAUAUUCACCCACCAUGAGGCGCAACCUUAUCUCAGUCUCUUGUUUGGAUGAAAAGGGUUUUGAGGUGCACUUCCAUUCUGGAAUAGUGUCUGUUGGAAGACAUGGUAGGAUUCUUAUGUGGGGUAGUAAGGUUGAUGGUUUGUAUCGCUUGAACGUUGUUUCUAGUGUUAACAAUAAUGCAUUUGCUAGUUAUUCUGCUUAUAUUGAUUCUUCUUUGUAUGUUAAUGAUCCUUAUAUUUAG